AUGAAGAUUCCAGCAAUAGCAGAAGAAGCAAUCAAUGCUAGUAGAAUUCUCUUAUUCAAAUUCUGGAAAAGUAGUGGUUUUUCUCGCGGUGCAUCCAUUUACCGAGGAGUAACUAGACAUCAUCAACAUGGUAGAUGGCAAGCAAGGAUUGGAAGAGUUGUAGGCAACAAAGAUCUCUACCUAGGAACUUUCAGCACUCAAGAAGAGGCAGCAGAGGCAUAUGAUGUAGCAGCCAUAAAGUUCAGAGGACUAAGUGCGGUUACAAAUUUCGACAUGAGUCGAUACGAUGUGAAAACCAUACUUGAGAGCAGCACUUUACCGAUCAGUGGUGCUGCAAAGCGUUUGAAAGAUAUGGAGCAAGUUGAAUUAUUGAGUGUUAAUGUGGUGGAUAAUAUUGGCCAAGAUCAUCAUCAUCAUAGCAUCAUCAAUAAUAAUGCUACUAAUUCCCAUUUAACAGAUCAAGUCAUCAACAACUAUGCAGCAGCUAAUUGGCAUGCUCUUUCAUUCCAACAACCACAACACCCUUACAAUACCAACAACAUGCAGUUGCAGCAUUACCCUUAUGGUGCACAAACUCAAACUCAGAAGCUUUGGUGUAAGCAAGAACAAGAUUCUGAUGAUCAUAAUACUUAUACUACUACUGAUCAUCAUAUUCAUCAUCAACAGCUACAGUUAGGGAAUAACAACAAUAACAAUAAUACUCACAAUUUCUUUGGUUUGCAAAAUAUCAUGAGUAUGGAUUCUGCUUCUAUGGACAAUAGUUCUAGUUCAAAUUCUGUUGUUUACGGUGGUGGAGAUCACGGUGGCUAUGGAGGAAACGGCGGAUAUAUGAUUCCAAUGGCUACUACUACUAUUAUGGGAAAUGAUGGUAGUAACCAAAACCAAAAUCAAAGAAGAAGCAACAACAGUUUUGGUGAUAGUGAUCAGAUAAAGGGAUUUGGUUAUGAGAAUGUUUUUGGAGCUAGUGAUCCUUAUCAUGCACAUGCAAGGAAUUUGUACUAUCAGCAGCAACAGUUAUCUGUUGAUGAAGGAUCAAAUUGCAAUAACAAUAAUAAUUGGGUUCCAACUGCUAUUCCAACACUUGCACCAAGGACAAAUUCAACACACAAAGCAACAAAUAUAAAUAAAACUCCGUGGGCCGAAGAUUCGAAGGUGAUGCAACGGAGGAGGCUGCUUGUGUUGGUGAUUGUGCCGUUGAUGCGAGGCGGAGGGGGAAAAGCGGUGUUGGAUGACUACCGGAGGGAGUUAUAUGGGAGAGAUGACGGAACAAAGGGAGUAAUGGAGUGA